GCCAUUUUUAAAAAUCAAGAGCUACACCUUAGUGUAGGUUAUUAUCUUCAGGUGUUCAAGGUAAAUUCAAUAUAUUUCUUAUAUAAGAAGACAAUAACGUCUUACCCUUUAAAUACUACUCUAAAAAAAUAUAUAGAGAACCUUAGUAUGAUUGUUAAAUGAUUGUACGUAAUAUUAAGAUGAUUAUAAUAAGAAACUUUUUUAAAGGCGAUAAAAAUAGAAUGAAAAACUUUUUAGUUUGUCUAUUUAGCCAUUGUAUUGAGUAGUUAAUUUAAUUUUGCAAUUAGAUUAGAUAUAGAAUAAAUAAACUGUAUGUAUAAUAUGUUAUUUAAUUAAAAAAUAGUUCAUUUUCUAAGUAACGGUAUUCGAUUACAAAAAAAAGAGACUUCCCCUACUUCAUGAAUCAUAUCGUAGUAUUAUCGAUUUUUUUUAAAAUAUUCUGAUUAGAAUGCUAUUUAUUUUGGUAUCUUUGAUAGUUAAAAGUCAGGUGAAAAGCUAAUAUUAUCUUUCUUGUAAAAAUUUAACAAACGUACAUUUUCUUUUCAUUUUUACAGACUAUAAUCGUUCUACUUGAAUUCUGCUAUUGAAUACGACGGUCACAUGAUUGCUGCUAACUUGAAAUAAACUAUUUUAUAAUCUUUUACCUGUGUAAAAAAUUUGAUUCGUUCUUGAAAGAGAAGAAAAGAGGACAUUGUUUAUACAAACUAAGAAACAACGAUGAAAUUUUAUCUAGGAUUUUUUGUAAUUACUGCUCUAGCUAUCUUUUGCAAUGCCUUUCAAAUACCAUCAUUCGAAGAUGUAAGACAGUCUUGGGGUAAUCUUGUUGGUUCAAAAAAACCGGUGAAAAAACAAAGAGCUAAACGGUCUUAUCAGAGAAGUACUGGUACUGGAGAUGAAAGCAGCACACCCACAGAAGCUCAAACAUCAACAUUACCUAUGAAGAAUGGAAAGAUUAAUCUAAGAUAUAUGCCUACUCUUGGAAAUGGUCAUCUGGGAGCAACGGUUUACUCGGAUGCAGUCUAUCUAAACGGCUUAUUUAACGGCGCUGGCGAUAAGUCGCAUAGAGCUAAAAUACCUGCCUUGACCAUGUCAAGAGCCAAAUUGAGAGAAGACAAUGAAAAGACUGCACAAAGAAAGUUUAACUUUGAUUCUCGAACAGGAGUAUUUACGGAAAAAAUUGAAUGCGAUUUUGCUAAUAUUGAACACAAAAUAUAUGUUCAUGCGAAAUAUAUACGAUUGCUAGUGUCAACCAUCAAGAUGACGAAAAGACAAAUAACUGGAUCGAGUAGUAGUGGAAAAAUUACUUUCACAUAUCCUCAAGUAAACUCAACAAAUGAUUUAUCGUUAGUAUCAAAAAGAUCUGUUGAUGGAGGUAGUUUAAGGUACAUUAUGAAAACAAAAGAGGCUGAACAAGAUGGUAAAACAAAUGAAGUUAGUAUCUAUAUGAAUGAUCCAAUAAAUGAUUUGAGUAUUGGAUUUAGAAAAGUUGAAUAUGCGGCUGUUUUAAUGGCAGUUGAUAAAGAUGGUAGCGCAGCCUAUAAUGAAUUUAAAAAAGGUAUGUUAUUAAUGGAAAGAGGUUUCGAAAAGGAACAAGAUUUCUUGUUGGAGGAGCAUAUUGAACAUUGGAAAAAAAUUUGGGAUGCUGGAAGAUUAGAAGUAGAAGGAGAUCUCAUCAUUUCCAAGCUAGUCAAUUUUGCCCAAUAUUAUAUUUAUUCUUCCCUUCCACCAGUUUAUGCACAUCAAAGGCCAUCGAGAGAGGAUGUUUAUUUAGGAAUGAGUCGUGUUGGAAGUGCAUGGGGUGGGGCUAAUGAUCCAUAUAAAGGUCAUGUAAUGUGGGACAGUGAAAUGUAUAUCAUACCUUCAGUUGUACUCUUUCACCCUGAGCACGUCAAGCAUAUGUUAUGGUAUAGAGGUCAUGUGUCUGCAAAUGCAAAGGUUGCUGCUGAAGCUGACGGCAUAACGAAAGGCAAUAAAUAUCCUUGGAGAAGUGGUACCAGCGGAAAGGAUGUAACACCUAAUUGCCCAGAUUGUGCGAAUCGUUUAUAUGUUAAUGGAGCGAUUGCCUUUGCUGUCAGAACCUUUUUUUCGGCCACGAGAGAUAGAGAUUAUAUUACAAAUCUUGAGUAUAAAGGUUGUGACCUAAUGAUAGAAUCCGCAAGGUAUUUAGCCGAAAAAGCCCUUUACGAUCCAAAAAAAGGUCGCUACGUCAUUAAUGAAGUUACUGGACCCGAUGAAUACCAUAAGAAUAUUAAUAAUAACGCUUUUACGAACGUUUUAGCGUCAUUAGCAAUUCAUUAUGCACGUUAUUUCGCGUGUCAAUGCGAGAAACCCGAAGCUGAAAUCAUUCCAGAAACUUAUAUUCAAAAAGCGUUAUACAUGUACUUACCGUUUGACAUUUCAAGACGACUGCAUUAUCAGUUCGAAGGUUUUCAGGAUCGACCUCCGUCUGAAAGGGUUAGUCAGGCCGAUACAAUAAUGCUGGGUUAUCCGCUCAAUUGGAAUAUGUCAAUGGAUAUUUAUAGAAAUGAUUUGGAAUAUUACGAGACAAAAACAGAUCAAUCGACCUCUGCAUUAACUUGGAGUUUCUUUACUGUUGGAUGGAAAUGGAUUGAAGAAACAUCAAAGGCUAAAAGUUUCUUUUUGAAAAGCUAUCAAGAUUUUGUUGUGCAACCUUUUAAAGUGUGGACAGAAUAUGGGGAUCAUUCUAAUGUCCAAAACGAAGGAGCUGUUAAUUUUCUUCCUGGUAUGGGUGGAUUUUUACAAUCUAUUAUUUUCGGCUUUGCAGGAGUAAGAAUUAGACCGGAAAUGCUUGAAUUUCACAAUCCAAUUCCUGCACCGGACACGGACAAGAUUAAGUUACUUGGUUUUACGUAUUUAGGGGCAAAAAUGGACAUUGAGAUAACGGAAGAUCGAGUCAUAAUUAAGGUGAAAAGUCUCGGACUGUAUCCACUGAAGUUGAAGCGCAACAAUACCGAAGGGAGAGAAGAAGAAUUGGAAAGAGGAAAAACAAUUGAAAUCGAUGAACAGGAUAAAGCAAAAGGAUUCUACAUAUUCUCUCCCGAAGGAACUGGAUGCGAGCACCCUAGGGAUUAUGUAUAUAUGCCAUGGGGAUAUUCACCUUUUAUCAACUCUGCCAAUAUCGUCAGAAUAUCACCUUUUUACAUAAUAAUCCUAGUGGCUGCCCUUAUAAUGAAGAUUACGUAA